CUUGCGCCAACUUGUGUGAAAUGGCUGGUGGAUGACGCGUCUCUAACAAUUGGUUUUUUUGUUAUAAAAGACGAUAAGUAAUUAGUUACAUUCUACGUGUGUAAAACAUUAUUGCACUAAACUUUCAAGACAUCUUAGUAUUCAAUGGAUAACGACAGAAGAAAGAAUUCAGAGAAAAGCAUUGACACAGAUGACGAUUCGGAUUAUGUUAUGAUAAAAAGAAUAAAAAUGGAACCUACUGCAAUGUUAUCUCAAGAAGAUGAUAUAAUGUCUCACCUGCAGCAAGAUAGUUCUGAUUUAGAAGUGGAGCCAAGUUUUGCUCUAGAAGGAGCAACUAAUGCUGAUGAUUCUAGUGAAGGAGUCUUAAUGCAACACAUGGAUAUUAGAGAACCUUUGUCGACGCUAAGAAAUUUGCUCGAACAAAGGCUAGGAGUAGAAUUACUAGAUUAUUCUUUUUGGCUGCAAGAUGCACAAAUGCUGGAGAGUCACAAGAAUUUAGUUGACCAAUGUGUACAAGGAGAAGGGUUGGUUCAAGUAAAUGUUCAAAUAAAAGCAACACAGAGGCGUAUAAAUAUUGUUGAUGUCUUAAAGCCUGCGGAAGACUAUGUAGAACUUGCAGAAAACAGUUUGGAACAAAAUACAGCAGCUGUAACGCCGAAUGAGGAGGGUAAACAAAACGUAAUGAAAUGGAUGGUGGAUGCACAAUACAAGAAAGAACAGGAGCGUUUAAAAAUACCAGCAGAUCCAAAGGAUUGGUCUCAAGCACACGUAAAACAUUGGCUCCAGUGGGCAGUCAGACAAUUUAACUUAGUUUCCUUGCGACUGGCAGACUGGAACAUCACUGGUGCUCAGUUAUGCAACUUAACGCUCGAAGAAUUUCAAUCGAAAGUACCUCUUGAUCCAGGUGACGUUUUCUGGACACAUUUAGAAUUGCUGCGAAAGUGCAAGUUUGUCGCUGUGGUUCAAAAAGAUCCACCUGCAGGAGUGAAUGAUAUUGUCGAAGACAACAAGUCCAUUAAAAUGCGCAACCAUAAAUCACCAAAGGCUCGUUUAAGUGUCAGUCAGCAGCCAAGACUCAUUAGUGUACCACUAGCUAAUGUUGAAUCCUCCCCAAUCUCGAUAACUACCCCCAAUAGAACAGUGAACAGUGGACAGAUACAAUUGUGGCAGUUCCUCCUGGAAUUGCUGACCGAUCGUGAACACAGGGGUGCUAUUCAGUGGGUUGGAACUGAGGGAGAGUUCAAACUCAACCAACCGGAAGCUGUGGCGCAACUUUGGGGCGCGCGUAAGAACAAGCCAUCGAUGAAUUACGAGAAACUAAGUAGAGCGCUUCGUUACUAUUACGAUGGAGACAUGAUUUCGAAAGUUCAUGGAAAGAGAUUUGUAUAUAAAUUUGUUUGCGACUUGAAACAGCUAUUGGGAUAUUCAGCUGCAGAAUUGAGUAGAUUAGUCGAGGAGGGUCGAAGGUAUUUCUGAUGAAAUUCCGUAUUAGUGAUAAUGCCUGUACGCGUGGGUUUAUAUAUUGACGAGUGUCUUGGCGGAUGAGUUAUGUUGCAUAACGUUUUAAUUAGUCAAAACGAGUAAAUUCAGUUAUAAUUAAUAUUCGAUUCUGAGGAUCGAGUUUCACUUUGUUCGAUUAUCUGUUAAGAGGUUUUAGUAUCAUUAUAUCUUGCACUGGAAUAUUUGCAUUUGAUAUAUGCGGUUAAAUUUUGAUAUCGAAUGAUAUGCGUAUACGUUUAUAAAUUACAAUCUAAGGUAUAAUAAUCAAGUGAUACCUUACUUACUAAAGACUUACAAAUCAUGGUAGUGAUACAAUUAUUAAAGUUUAACGCAGUGUUAUGCUGUGUAUUACAUCUCUGUAUUUUUAUAUUAUUGGGAUACAAGUAUUUCUAAGGAGAGUUUCGUCUGCAUUAAGCUACAAGAAAUUGUAAUAUCGUCGAAGAGAAGACAAAAUACAGCAAACAAUAUACUAUAACCCUCCAGGAGAAUGUUUAAAAAUAGAAGUUUCUGCAAAGUCAUUCGAUGCUAAUAGCAUGAAUUUCUUCUAAGAGCCUCAUGCCUUCAAACAGACACAGAUACCAAUAUUAGAAAACUAAUUAAAUACAUGUAAGCAUAAGGUGAGUGAAUUGUACCUCAAAGAAACAUGGAAGAAAUAAAAACAAAAAUAUCACUAGA